AGAAAGGCCUCAACAAAAAUGGCUCCGCGAUUGCCGUCUUUGUCAGCAACGAGUAAAUAUAAAACACCCAUUUGCUUCCCUUCUGAGAAACUACGAAUUUGUGCUCUGUUUUUCUCUGCGGCAUUUUCACAAACACCUUGUGGGGGUCAAAAAACCAGUUAUGCCAUAGCCAUGGCCAGGCCGCAAAAGCGCUACCGUGGCGUACGGCAGCGGCAUUGGGGCUCUUGGGUGUCUGAGAUUCGGCAUCCAUUAUUGAAGACGAGGAUUUGGCUGGGGACAUUUGAGACGGCGGAGGACGCGGCGAGGGCGUACGACGAGGCGGCGAGAUUGAUGUGUGGGCCAAAAGCGAGGACGAAUUUUGCGUACAAUCCAAACGGAGUUCAGUGUUGUAAGCUUCUGUCGGCGAAUUUAACGGCGAAAUUGCAUCGGUGCUACGUGGCUUCUCUGCAGAUCGGUAGCCAAGGCCCAAGGGGAUUCAGAAGAGAGCACCUGGCGGCGCCGGCGCCGGCGCCGGUGGUGGUGAUGGAGGAGCAGCCGCCGUAUGCGGCGGGGAGGAAUGUGAAAAGGGAAAGUGAGUGUGGGGAACUGAAGGUAUUGGAGGAUGAUCAUAUCGAGCAGAUGAUUGAGGAGCUUCUUUAUUAUGGAUCCAUGGAGUUCUGUUUCUGAUCAUACCAAUUCAAAUAUAAUCUUAAUCUUGGGCUUUAUAAUUAACAAACUACUCGCCGUAGAUCCCAUGUAAAUACAAUUUCCCUGGUUUAUUUAAUCUUUAAAAGUUUUAAGUUUAUUUUAUUUUAAUUUAAACUAAAAAAAAUAAUAUAUUUUACCACUCAACUUAUAACAAUGAAA